GGUGUCUGUUCACCUCAAGGAAGAAAGAAAGGUUGGAGUUCUUUUCGAGGUAAUUUUGACAAGAAGACCCAUUGUUAUCAACAUGUUGGAUAUGAACUUCAGCCUUCACACCUCCAGAAGGAUGAUAGAAAGGUGAAGAUGAGGGGAGUGCAGAAGUACCAACUCAGACACACUCCCUAUACCAUGGGACAGAACAAGAGGAGAGUGCAAUGGCAUAAUGAAGGCCGUCUCCGCGUUACUCUGUGGACUAAUAGAAAACAUCUCAGGAGUGAAAUGGGGGAGAACACACAAGAUCAAACCCUGGGUAGCUGGUUCAAGGUCACAGUUCCCUUUGGAAGGAAGUAUGACAAGACAUGGCUAAUGGAGUCAAUCCAGAGACAUUGCACUGUCCCCUUCACUCCAGUGGAUUUUCACUAUGUGAAAAAGAGGGUCGGGUUCUUUGUCCAGGAUGCUAGUGCUGCCUCUGCGUUGAAGGAUGUCAGCUACAAGAUUUGUGAUGAUGAGAACCGAAAGAUACCAGUCUAUGUCAAUUCAUCUGCUGUACCUUACUCUGUGCGGGAUAAGUUGGAGCCAGAAAAAAUGGAAAAGCUAAAGCUGGCCAUGAGCAAACGAUAUGAUAUCUCUCAGAAAGCUCUUGAUCUCCAGUUGCUCCGCUAUGACUCAGACUUGGUGGGCCAUGAUGUUGAUAUAAUCCUGAAUAGAAGAAACUGCAUGACUGCCACCCUGGAGAUCAUCAAAAAGAAUUUCCCUGAGCUGCUCUCCUUGAACUUGCACAACAACAGACUGUGCCAGCUUGAUGGCCUGUCUGAUAUUACACAGAUGGCCCCCACAGUAAAGAUUCUGAACCUCUCCAAAAAUGAGCUGAAAUCAACCUGGGAGUUAAGCAAGAUCAAAGGUCUGAAUGCCAUCAGGAAAUGUUUCCCCAAGUUGUUACGCUUGGAAAACUGUGAAGGAUCUGAUGUUCUGAAGACUCAAGUCCAACAUUUCCUACAGCAAUAUUACUUGAUCUAUGACUCUGGAGACAGACAGAGUCUCCUUGGUGCUUAUCACAAUGAGGCCUGCUUCUCCCUGACCAUUCCUUUCAUCCCAGACGAUCCAGCCCCAAGCAGCUUGUUUGAGUACUUCAAGGAUAACAGGAAUAUGAAGAACCCGAAGGACCCCAACCUGAAUUUUCAGCUGCUGAAACAUACAAAUCAUGACAUUGUGAGCUCCCUCUGUGUGUUGCCCAAAACUCAGCAUGACCUCAGCUCAUUCGUGGUGGACAUGUGGUUCCAGUUGGAAAACCUCCUCUUCUUCUGUGUCAAUGGGGUGUUCAAGGAAGUGGAAGGAAGGUCUCAGGGUUCUGUGCGUGCCUUCACCCGGACCUUCAUCGCUACCCUUGCCAGCAGUUCCAGUCUAUGCAUCAUGAAUGAUGAACUGUUUGUGAGGGAUGCUACCCCUGACAAGACUCAGAGUGCAUUUUCCACCCAAGUGCCCACACCCUCCUCCAGCACUGGGACCAUCCUCUCUCAGGAGCAGCAGGAAAUGGAGGUUUCCUCCACCCUAUCUGAGAUGAGCCUCUAG